CAUGACAAGGAGAAAGAGUAACUUUAAAUGGGAAUGCACAUAAUUAUAUAGUGGGGGGGGGAAAGCUUUUAUGAUUCUGGGAUGCCUUGCAUAGGAAAUUUUAACAGAGGGCUACAGAACAAAAAUAUUUUAAGCAGAAUUAAGUAAACCCAGGGAUUAGCUUUAAUCCACUGGGAACAAAUUCAAUCAAUUUCAGAACUGUGAUUAAACUGCUUUCCUGAAAUCAUGUAACUUUCAUUCUUCUACAUUUCAGAUUUAGUGGCCACUCAAUGAAGAGAGAGAAUCACACUCUCACCACUGAGUUUUCUCUCCAAGGUUUCUCCAGCUUCCAAGAGCACCAGCUCACUCUUUUUGUGGUGUUUCUUGCACUGUACAUCUUAACCCUCGCAGGUAAUAUAGUCAUCGUGACAAUUAUCCACAUUGAUCAUCAUCUCCACACUCCCAUGUACUUCUUCCUCAGCAUGCUGUCCACUUCGGAGACUAUAUACACAUUGGUCAUUCUCCCAAGGAUGCUGGCCAGCCUUGUGGGUGUGAGCCAGUCCAUCUCAUUGGCAGGUUGUGCCACACAGAUGUUCCUGUUUGUAACCUUUGGGAUCACUAACUGCUUCCUGCUGACAGCAAUGGGGUAUGACCACUACGUGGCCAUUUGCAAUCCCCUGAGAUACACGGUCAUGAUGAACAAGAGGGUGUGCGUCCAGCUGGUGGGGGGGGCCUGCAGCAUUGGGCUGAUUGUGGCCAUGACACAGGUGACAUCUGUCUUCAGGUUACCUUUCUGUGCUGCAAAGGUGGCCCACUUCUUCUGUGACAUUCACCCUGUGAUGAAGCUCUCCUGCAUCGACACCACUGUCAAUGAGAUCCUGACGCUGAUCAUCAGUGUUUUGGUGCUGGUGGUGCCGAUGGCUCUGGUUUUCAUCUCCUACGUCCUCAUCAUCUCCACCAUCCUCAAGAUCGCCUCAGCCGAGGGCCGGCAGAAAGCCUUUGCCACAUGUGCCUCCCACCUCACUGUGGUCGUUGUCCACUAUGGCUGUGCCUCCAUUGCCUACCUCAAGCCCAAGUCAGAGAACACCAAGGAUCAGGACCAGCUGAUCUCAGUCACCUACACUGUCAUCACCCCCCUACUGAACCCUGUGGUGUACACCCUGAGGAACAAAGAAGUCAAGGAUGCUUUGUUGCGGGUCAUUGGCAGGAAGCUUUCCUGACAACUUGGGAGCUGUUCUUCUGAGGCUCCGAGCACCUACUCUAAGCAGGAACAUGAGGGGUAGAGCCACAUGUCCUUAGCUGCCAGAGACCUGGCCCAGAAGGAGGCAGUGAAGAGAGGAACAGUAACAGCAUUCAACUGGGAGCCUGAGCGCUUUAAAUAAAGCCCCUGAAUAAAGUGUUAGCCUUGUUUUUGCGGAUAAUUAGACAAACAGGGACAGGAUAUGCCUCAAGAAAAGGUCAAUGGUAGUGUAAGCCAAGGAUUUCCAUUGACCUUUUGGUUUCCUUAUGGCUCUCCACUUAAUGAAGACAACAGAGAGUCCCUUAGGGAAAAAAAAAAAAAGCAGAAUCCAGGAUGUUCAUUCUUCCCUGCAAUCCCUUCCAUCCUACUUAAGAGCAUUAGAAUUUCUCAAACUGGAGUCCCUGUUGGAAUCUGUUUGUACAUGACAUAUCAAGUAAUAAAUCACUGUGUGGACAGGAAAAGUGGCCUCACAAUGAGAUAGCCCAGGGGAAAUACGUUUCCUCUCCCAGCUGCUUUAAUUCAUCUCGGUUUCCAGCAAAACUGCUUAGUAAAGAUGGUGACCACAGACAAUUUAAUUAGAGGUCCUUGCAAUUCCAAAUCUUGUCAGCCACAUUAACAGCCAUUUGAGGGCACAUUCCAAGAUCCUCUCGGGUCAGUUCGGCUGCUGUUAAUUCAGAAAGCAUGUAAUGAACGAGGGAGGCUCUGUGCUGAAUCCUGGGGAAAGAUGCCUUCAAAAAGCUCAGAGUCUAGCGGCAAAGACAAACAUUGAAAGAUAUAGUUUCAACUCUUUAUGUCAAGGGAUAUAAACAAAAGAUUGAAGCGGAAUGAGAGGGAGGCAGUGAGAAAGAAAAACUCUGUUGGAGAUGUGAGGGAAGUCUUCAGAGGGGAGGUGAUCUGUAAUCUGGACUGGUAUUCUGUUUUGGUUUGGCUGUGCCCACAUCAUGCAGAAGCUGCCAGGCCAGGGACUGAACCCAUGCCACAGCAGUAACCAGAGCCACAGCAAUGACAGUGCCAGAUCCUCAACCCACUGAGCCAGCAGGGAACUCCUGGACUGGUUUUAAAACACCCCUAGGAGAUUGUUUGAUGGGCAAGCUGUUGAAGGGAAAGAAUUGUAAAGUGAAAGAAUAACAUAUUCAGGAGUUCCCGUCGUGGCUCAGUGGUUAGCAAAUCCAACUAGGAACAAUGAGGUUGCAGGUUCGAUCCCUGGCCUCGCUCAGUAGAUUAAG